UCCAUCUGCAGGCGCGCAUGCCAUUAAGUUCUGAAAGCUGCCUGAUGAGCCAUGCUACUACACUUGCAUUGCACACAUGUCGUCCUCCACACCACUAAUCUCUCUAAAGCCAAUGCCAUGGGCUGGCUGAAACAGUUACUUGCAUUUCCAUAUGAUCACUGCUCUGUCAAGCUAAGUUGUAUAUAUAGUUAUAUUAUAUACACCCAUUGAGAUCUCAGUAAUCACUUGUACUAGGUUCCAUAUGUAUUAGUACCAGUAAAAGUAAGUAGUUUUCCAUUGAAACAAGAGCUAGCUAGAUCAUCAGGCACUGGUCAUUGCCCUCUCUAGCUACCACCACCAUCUCCAAUGCCUAUUCGGUUCCAUGUCUUGGCCAGCGCCGCGAGACACGCCGUCAGCUCAUCGGUGCUCGUCUGCCGGCUCAUCGCCUACCACCUCACCCCACUGCUGCUCCACCUGACCUACUUCCUCGCCGUCGACCUGCUCGGCUUCCUCGCCUUGGUCCUCCUCAAGCCAAGCAACCCCGGGUACCGUCCGCGCUACAUCGACGUGUUCUUCAUGUCGACGUCCGCGGUCACCGUCACCGGACUAGCCACCGUCGAGAUGGAGGACCUCUCCAGCGCCCAGCUCGUCGUCCUCACCCUCCUCAUGCUCCUCGGCAGCGAGAUGUUCGUCUCCUUGCUCGGUCUCGUCCUCGAGUCGUCGCGCAACCGACGACAGCAGCAGCGCGACCAUCAAGAUCACGACAGCAGGGUCAUGGCGGCGGCCGCCGUCCGCGACGAGCCGGAUCUCGAGGAGGCGAAUGGUCCGGCAGCAGCUCCGUCUGCGGAUUCGUCCGGCGAUGGUGGUGAUCGCAAUCGCAAGGAGAGCUCCCGCGACGUCAGAAGUUUAGCGCUUGUGGUGUCGGCCUACAUGGCCGCGAUCCUCGUCGUCGGCUCCGUGCUGGUGUUCGCGUACGUCGCCACCGUCCCGACCGCGCGCGACGUGCUGGCGAGGAAGCGCCUCAGCGCCGCGCUCUUCUCGGUGUUCGCCACCGUCUCUUCCUUCACCAACGGCGGCCUGCUCCCGACAAACGAGAGCAUGGCGGUGUUCGCCCCGAACCGUGGUCUGCUCCUGCUGCUCGCGGCACAGAUCCUCGCCGGCAGCACGCUGCUGCCGGUGUUCCUCAGGCUGGUGGUGAGCGCCACGAGAGGGCUGGCGAGGGCGUUGUCCUUGUUCACCGGGCGAGGAGGGUCCGUCGAGGAGCUCGUGCCCAUGGACAUGGAGAAGAGCGCCGCGGCGGCGGGGUUCGGCCACCUGCUGCCGUCAGGUUCGCGGGCGGCGUCCCUCGCCGCCACGGUGGUCGCCGUCGCGACCGCCGCCGCGGCUCUCCUCUGCUGCCUGAACUGGAACUCCGCGGUGUUCGCGGGGCUCACCACCGGAGAGAAGCUCACCAACGCGGUGUUCAUGGCCGUGAACGUGCGGCAAGCCGGGGAGAACUCCGUCGACUGCUCCCUCGUCGCGCCGGCCGUGCUGGUGCUGUUCCUCGCCAUGACGUGCAUCCCGGCGUCGGCGACAUUGUUGUCGGUGCAGGACGACGGCGGCGAAAAGACAAGGAGCGGCGCCGGAGAACCGGAACGCAAGGAUGGAGCCGAGAAGAAGAGGAGGAGGAGACUGUCGCUGAACAGCAUGCUGCUGUCACCGCUGGCCUGCAACGCCGCGGCGGUAAUGCUCGCCUGCAUCACCGAGAGGCGAUCGAUCGCCGGCGACCCGCUCAACUUCUCCACGUUCAACGUGAUCUUCGAGGUGAUCAGUGCUUAUGGAAACGUGGGGUUGUCCACUGGCUACAGCUGCUCGAGGCUGCCGCCGCCGCCGGCGACCACCGCCUGCCAUGACAAGCCAUACAGCUUCUCCGGGUGGUGGAGCGACCAGGGGAAACUGCUCCUUGUUCUCCUCAUGCUCUACGGGAGGCUCAAGGGCUUCCAUGGACAGCGACGCAGGAGGUGAACUUUAUUUGGUGAUCGAUGACCGAUGAUGAAGGCCAAUGCCGGGAUUGGUCGGGGAUCAAACUUGAAAUUCUUCAAGAUUCCAUGGGCGAUAAGAAUGAAAUUUCAGAGUGAAAUGCGAUUGGAAGAAGGAUACACACUCCGUGGAGAAAUAUAUAUAGAAUAUAGAUUGUAAGUUUUUCUAGAGGUCAUAGAUAGGGUACUUCUUUUUUGAAUAGAGAUUAUGCUGUUCUCAAUUUUGAGGACAACAAUAGGAAUUAGGAAAAAAGUCUAUUUGACCCCUCAACUUUCACGGUCAUCUGAUUUCUCUUCUUCAUCUACAAAACUAGAUUUUUGUCAUCCUAAACUUUUAUAUAAACCGUUUGUUUGGUCAA